UAUACUAUGUAACCAUAGAGUUUGUUGUGUCUUUCCUCUAUACCCUGUACGUACGUAGUCCUAGCUUGCUCUGUCUCUGAACUUUAGUGUCAGUACAUACGCACACUGGCACUGUAUGCUAGGAGGUACGCACACUGGCACUGCAUAAGAGAUAGGUAUACCUUCAGAGUUUGCGUUGACUUUGUGUACAUGCAUGUAUAUUUUGUAUGUAUCUACUCGUAGAUUUGAAGAACCCCAAGACAAACACAAAGACAGCUGGUUUCACGCCCGAGGAGAGACAGGACUUCACAGAGCUACUGGAGGAGAGUUUCGUGGACACCUUCCGUCACCUGUAUCCCGACCUCGCUGGAGCGUACACUUACCAGUUCAACGCCAGAGCCAAGAACACUGGCUGGAGACUGGAUUAUUUCGUGGUGUCUGAGCGGCUCCUCCCUCAUGUAACUGAUGUGGUGAUUCGUAAGGAGGUGUUUGGGAGCGACCGUUGCCCAUUGGUGAUUGGAUUGACAGACCACACCCACAAGAGAAGGACGAACCCUGAAUUGAUUGGCUAUCACUAGCUGCAUUUAGCCAUUAUACGACUAUCUAACAUAGAAUGCAAACAAAUAACAGUUAAUGUGAGCACUUUUACUUUAUGUUCUGGUGAUGACUACGUUUUUCAUCUUUC